UUAGCUAGUGCAACAUCCAACAUAGAAAAUUGGUUGAUUUGAAGCCCUUAGCUGCGGUUUGUCAUCUGACCAGAGAUGAAGUUUGCCGUGAAAAGGGACUUUAGUUCAGUCUGGAUCACGGCGAGCAGGAGCCGAGGACACAGCCAGGGAGACGGCUGCUGAGCUGUCUGUCUUCCAGUACCUAAGACCUGGACCACUGGACUGGUUUCUUCCAGCUGUAACCCAGAAGACGCUCUGCGCUAUGUUUUCCCAACAAAGAUAGUCGUUUUCUUUCCUCGCUGGAAAAGCACAACUAAAAUAUUCCCCUCCUCGCCCUCUCUUCCCUUUGCCCCUCCCUUUGGUUGUGUGUGUGUGUGUGUACUCUGUCUCUGAAGAUGGAUUGCACGGACGCUCUGCAGCCCAGCCUCAACUCCUCCUAUGUGAAAGCUGCUCUUGGCAACCACAGCUUACCUGAGGAUGAGGAGAGUGAUGAUCAGGGUCCCUCUGCAGACCGUGCCCCUCUGCUGCCCAGACACUCCACAGCGCCCCUGGCCGUACGCCACUCUCCAGAGGACUCAUACUACUUGGUGUACAUCAUCUUCUUCCUGAUGGGCAUCGGCUCCCUGCUGCCCUGGAACUUCUUCAUAACAGCCAAACACUACUGGAUGUAUAAACUGAGCAACACCAGUGAUGACUCUGGCCGCGAGGAACCCCACUCAGAUCUCAGUGACUACUUUGAAAGUUACCUGGCUAUUUCCUCCACGGUGCCCUCCGUACUGUGCAUGAUACUCAACUACAUCCUAGUUAACAGGUUCUCCCCAAAGGUACGGAUCCUGUCAUCUCUGUUUGUCAUCCUGCUGGUGUUUGUGGCGACCACGGUGCUGGUGAAGGUGGACGUGUCGAGCCGGAGGGUUGAGUUCUUCACUGGUACGCUGGUCAGCGUGGCUUUCGUCAGCGGUGCCUCCAACGUCUUUACUGGCAGCAUGUUUGGAAUCAGCGGGCACUUCCCCAUGAGGAUCUCUCAGGCUCUCAUAUCAGGCCAGGCCAUGGGAGGCACACUGACAGCGUUAGCAUCAAUAAUGGACCUGGCAGUGGCUGACGAUGUGACAGACAGCGCUCUGGCCUAUUUCUUGACAGCCGACAUCUUCAUUGUGCUCUGCAUCGUCCUGUACCUGCUGCUGCCCAGGCUGGCUUACUCACGAUACUACAUGCUGGCAGGGUCGUGCUCGAGUCCAGAGGUGACGGCAGAGGGCGGGCCUGCAGCGGGCACAGCGAGUAGCAUCUCUGUUCCACCACUGUGGCCAAUCCUGAGGAAGACAUGGGUGCUGGGCCUGAGUGUCUUCUACGUUUUCUUCGUUUCCAUCGCCGUGUUCCCUGCAGUCUCCUCAGGCAUCCAGUCUGUCCACAAGGACACAGGCAGCCCAUGGACCACCACCUACUUCGUGCCCCUUACCAGCUUCUUCCUGUACAAUGCAGCGGACUUCUGCGGGAGGCAGUCCACAGCCUGGCUGCAGGUCCCCGGCCCUACAAGUCGAGUCCUGCCCAUGCUGGUGCUGUGUCGCACAGUCUUGAUCCCUCUAUUCAUGUUCUGUAAUUUCCAGCCGAGGAACCACCUCCGCACUGUACUUUUUCCCAGUGACCUGUACCCUGUGGUCUUCAACUGUCUUCUGGGUCUCUCCAACGGCUACCUGGGCACUCUGCCCAUGAUCUAUGGGCCCAAGGUGGUGCCAAGGGAGCUGGCAGAGGCCACAGGAGUGGUCAUGUCCUUCUUCCUCACUUUGGGAUUGGCUGUCGGCUCAGCGUUCGCCGUGCUCCUUGUGCACUGCAUCUGAACAAACUGUCCAGGAGGGAGCCAACUCCCUGUCCCUCAUGCUUCAACAUGAGGGUUGCUAUAUAAAGGUACAAUUAAAGAAACAGUUCACCUGAGAUACAAAAAAUGUGCAAUAUAUCCAUCCAUAUAAUUUGUGUGUGAUUCAGCAAAAUGAUCUUUCCUGUUUCCCAACACCCGAAUACACAGGGGUGGAUGGGUAUUCUUUGGUGGAGCUCAAAGUGUCAAAAAGUUGCAUCAUGAUGAGGAAACUGUAUUUCCCCACAACUAGGUUGGUAGUGCUGCAAUUAACUAAUUGUCUUCAGAAAUUACAUUCAGUAAUUACACAAAUUACAUCUUCAACACGAAAAACUCAACCAGCAAGCUUUUUACAAAAACAAUGACACAGAUAUCCAACAUAAUCCACAGCCCUUGGGAACCAUUUUGUGCUAAGGAACACCAGCAAAAAUUUAUUAGAUUAGAUUAUGCUGGGUAUCAAGGUCAUUGUCUUUGGAAAGAGCUUUUACUGUUUGAGUUUUUCUAAUGUAAUUUUCACCGGUGCAGCUCAUGUUCCACAAAUGAAUACCCACCCAACCCCAUUUUAGUAUCGUUAUGCUGGGAUACAGGGCAACAAACUGGAAACCUCACCAAAUCACACAGAAAGUGUCUGGAAGGAUAGAUUCCACUAGGAAUAAGUGGGAAAUUAUCUAAUUUGUUUUCCUCUGUUUUUUGAAUUAACCUUUAAGCUACACGAUAGACAGUGAGGCUGGAGAGUAGAGUGAGUGCACCCCCUGCUGAUUAACACCUGAACAGCAAAUCGCUGUGAUGAGGAGUGCACCAGCUGUCUGUUGGCAUUACAAGCAUUACAUUUACUUCAGUACUUAAUCACAGAGCCUUACAUUCUUUCAUACCUCACAAAACACAUGUAUUUUAUGCUGAUGUUUAGUUCACUCAAAUAUUUUUUUUAUCCAAAAAGUCAGGAUAAAGUAGGUGGUUAGUAAAGACACAGAACAAGAUGAAGUUCAUUUUAAGGGACUUUACCAAACAAAGCUCACAUUUGUACAUUAUCACACAUACAGUAUAUCCAGAACUCUAAAUAUUUUUGCACAACCUUGUUUAGAUAAGAGGGUUGGAUUUUGGGGUGUAUAGUUGUCCACAGGUUAUCCAGACGGUGCUGAAUUAAAAAUGUGUGAAAUUCUCCAGAUAGCAAGCAGGUACAAGGUCCCACUGAUGGAUAUGCAGCUAGAAAAAUGUGGCUUUUUAAUUAAUUCUCUCUCAAUUUGUGGGUUUACCUUGCUCUCAGGACCAAAUUCAGUCGUUUCAUGUAUGCCUUAAUGGUUUUGUCAAAUAAUGAGUAAAAUGUUUACAAUUCACCACCAGUUUCCUCCAAGUCAUCCACAGCAUUUCUGUGGAUGUGGUUGUUGAGCUGAACCAAGCUGGACGAACUGAACUUUCCAGUAAAACUGCUUCCACUUCUGGUAUUAUGUAAAUCUAAGAAUUUCUUUACUUGUGGUGGCAAAAAGCCACUACUUUAAUGAAUGAUUCUUGAGUUAAACAUUUUUACUUCAUAAAGACUGCACCUUUAGUUCUCUUGGAGUAUUCAUUAUUGCUGUAGAUAUUUACUUCAGCAACAGGCAAAAUCUGCCAGUUACAGUAAAGUGUUGCUUUUCUGGACUACCUCCAGUGACCUCAGCUCAGCUUUUGGGAGCAUUUGGACAACUUGGGCUUACCAUGACUCAUGUAAUCAUUUGCAGAAGCCAUAAAAGAAACAGCUUUAUCACACAUUUGGGAAGAGAAUUUUGUAAAAUACAUCUUGUAAUAAUAAAUUGUUCUUUACCUGAGUUUUUGUUGUGAGAUACUGGAAUAACUUGCUAAAUGCUUAAUAUGACUUGAGUAAGCCUAGGGGGUCAAUG